CAGCUCCUCUCCUUUCUUCUCCCAGUGACCCACGAGAAGCCGUUACUCCUCCCAGUCCCUGGACAGAGGGGACACAUCCAGAAGCAAGGAAGAUGGUGUCAGCAGCUGGACUUGCUCUCCUGUUGCUGGGCUGUGUGGGGCUCCUGUGGCCGGCUGGUGCCCGGCACAUAGACUACUGCCCCAAGGGCUGGUCCUACUACAAAUUCAGCUGCUUCAGGUACUUCAGUGACCCCCAGACCUGGGACGAAGCUGAGAGGCAGUGCCAGGCCAGCCAUGCCAGUGCCCACCUGGCCUGGGUGGAGGAGCCCCGGGAGGCAGCCACCUUGCAGAAGGUCAUCUCCUACUACCAGCGUGCACAGCCCGUCUGGGUCGGCCUCCACUACAGACAUGAGAGCCAAACCUGGCAGUGGGCAAGUGGGCACAAGUACAGCAUCAACAGUGGGCUGACGGGGAACGGUGCUCAAGGGGGGACCUGCGGCGUGUUGACCCAUCUCAGCAGCUUCACCGUGUGGUCCAGCGCUGACUGUGCCCAGCAGCACCACUACAUCUGCAAGUUUAUCCCCUCACAUUGAGCCUGGCCCGCGGGGGAUCCCAUGGAGGACCCCAUGCUGGCGGUGUUCCUUCCUUGCCACCCCUGCUUCUCUCUCCCCAACUCCUAAAAAUACAUCUAUAAAAAACCCAAGCAUGUCA